UAUAUCAACCUCAAACCCUCUCCUUCUCUCACACCAAGAACUACUAGAUUGAUAUCUUUGCUUCCACAACACAAAAAGAUCAUCAUCAUCAUCAGAAGAAAGCUAUGUCAAGCCAUUAUUUGCUAUGUCUCUUCAUUGUUCUUUUCAUGCUAUUCUUGUCAUCAAAUGCUCAAACAUGUGCCAAAUAUUCCUUCCAAAGCCACAGAAAAUACACUGCUUGCAAUGAUCUUCCCUACCUGAACUCAUUCCUCCAUUGGACCUAUGACAAUUCGACCGGGAAGCUCCAGAUUGCCUAUAGACAUGGAGGAAUCACUUCCUCUGACUGGGUUGCUUGGGCUAUAAACCCAACUUCAACUGGAAUGGUUGGUUCACAAGCACUUGUUGCUUACCAGAAAUCUGAUGGAACAGUCACUGCUUAUCCAGCUCCAGUGGAUAGUUAUCAGACUACCCUUCAAGAAGGAAAGCUUAGCUUUCAAGUCUCAGAAUUGUCUGCAACUUUUGCCAACAAUGAGAUGAUUAUAUAUGCCACUUUGGUUCUACCAGGAAAUUCUACUACUGUUAAUCAGGUUUGGCAAAAUGGUCCACUUUCUGCUAAUGGAGCUCCUGCUAGGCAUUCGGUUACCGGGGACAAUAUUCAGUCGUUGGGAACCCUGAAUCUUCUUUCGGGCGAGGGAACUUCUGGCGGGAAUUCAAAAGACAAGAAGAAAAAUAUUCAUGGAGUACUUAACACAGUAGGUUGGGGUGUAAUGAUGCCAUUGGGUGCCUUGAUUGCAAGAUACCUGAAGGUCUUCAAAUCUGCAGACCCGGCAUGGUUUUAUCUUCAUGUUGGUUGCCAAACCUCAGCCUACAUUAUCGGUAUUGUCGGAUGGGCAACCGGACUCAUACUCGGCAGCGAAUCUCCUGGUGUUGAACAAACUCCCCACAGAACAAUUGGGAUCAUCCUCUUCUGCCUUGGAACACUUCAGGUGUUUGCUUUGCUUCUAAGGCCAAAACCAGAUCACAAGUACAGAUUAUACUGGAAUAUCUAUCACCAUUCAGUUGGUUACUUAGUCAUCCUCCUCAGUGCCAUCAACAUAUUCAAAGGAUUUGAUAUAUUGCAGCCUGAGAAAAAAUGGAAGAAUGGUUACAUUGCUUUCAUUGUGCUUUUAGCCCUCAAAGCUGUGUUAUUGGAAGCUUACACCACAUGGUAUGUGGUCAUGAAGAGGAAGAGGUCAGAGAGUCAUGGAAAGAUGCCUCAUAAUGCAGAAAAUGGGGCUAGUAGGUUUGGUAGUAGGCACCAGCAGGUGUAGAUUGGUUGAUUUGCUUGGGGUUUUGGUUUGUCUUUUGCUCUCUGUAUUACACAUUGUGUAUAUCCAUCAAUGAGGAUAUUGAGGGUCAGUAGGGUGUUGAACCUACUCAGAUUAUUAUUUGUCUGAUUGUUUAUUGGUAUAUUUUGUUUAAUUAUCAUAGUAAUGUUGACUAUGUUUACAGAAACAGUGUAGACUAAACCCGUCUUUAUAAAUCGGUUAUUUUUGUUUGUAA